AUCAAAUUGUGCUUGAUGAGUUUUUGAGAUUAGGACUGAGUUGACUAAAAAUGGCAGCAAUCUUGAAAAGUUUUUUCCCUGUUUCUUCCUCAAGAAAGGAGGAUAAUCAUGACAACGAAUUUAAUGUAGAAUACUCCUUUGCUGAGGAGUAUAAUGGUCCUCCAGUUAGUUAUGAUAUUCCUCAGGUAGUUCCCGUUGAUGUACACCGGAUUCCAACUGCCUCAGUAGUUUCUACAACUGCUAUUUUGAGUAAAAAUUUGUCACUACCAAUUAUUGAACCAAUUGUUAAGAGUAGUGAUCCCUCAAUCAAGAAUCAAAAGUCAAAAGAGUCAGAUUUAGAAUCAGAAUGUGUUGAGAAUGAUCAUGCCUAUAGAGUAUCAGAUGGAAUUGAAAGUUCUGGUACCUUAGGAUUUUCUGAUAGCCAUGAUCAUUCCCGUGAGCUGUCAGGAAGUUCGGAUGAAUGCAAGGAAGAAGUAUUAAGUCAUCCGAACCCCAUUGGCUUAGAAUCUGAGGAACCAAUUUUGAGCUCUCCAGAUAUUUCCUUAGAAGUAUUGUCUUGUCAUGAGGUGGAAGAUUAUGCUGAUGAGGUUUCUGUCAACCAAGGUAGCAGAACAAAUGUUGUAACUUUCCGGGAAAUUCAUUCAAGUGAUGUUACUACUGACAGUGAUGACGAGGAGCCAGGAAUGGUUCCUGAAAAACCUAUUGUAAGCAGUUACUCAAAGAAGUGUUAUCGGUGUCAUAAAGGGAAUCGAUUCACUCAGAGGGAAGUAUGCAUAGCUUGUGGUGCAAAGUAUUGUAUCAAUUGUGUGUUGAGAGCAAUGGGGGCAAUGCCGGAAGGAAGGAAAUGUAUUACUUGCAUUGGUUACCGUAUUAAUGAAUCAAAACGAGAUUCUUUAGGUAAGUGUUCUACAAUGCUUAAGAGGCUGCUGAGUAAAUGGCAAAUGGAUGAGAUUAUGAAAUUGGAGAAGUCAUGUCAAGCUAAUCAACUUCCACCCCAUCUCGUGAGCGUAAAUGGUAAAUGUCUUUCCCUUAGAGAGUUGGUCGACUUGCAAAGCUGUGCAGAUCCGCCAAAGAAGUUGAGACCAGGGAAGUACUGGUAUGACAAGGUGUCUGGAUUCUGGGGAAAGGAGGGACAUAAGCCUUGUCAGAUAAUUUCUCCCCAGCUAGCUGUUGGUGAUACAAUUAAGAGAGAUGCUAGCAAGGGAAGCACAAAUAUUCUGAUAAACAAUCGGGAAAUUACGCAAGUAGAGCUGUAUAUGUUGAAGCUAGCAGGAAUAAACUGUGAAGGAAGCGUUUGCUUUUGGCUCAGUGCUGAUGGAGAAUGCCAGGAAGAGGGUAUGAACAAUGUGGUUGGAAAAAUAUGGGACAAGACUACACACAAGCUGCUUUGCUCUGCUUUGAGAUUGCCUAUUCCUCCCGUGUCUAAAAAUUCUUCCGGUGAAGAAGUUGGAAGUGGAUUUGGUGUAGGUGACUCGUGCAACGCAGAUAACAAAAAACUGAAACUACUUCUUGCUGGUUGUGAUCAAUCGGGAACAAGUACUCUGUUCAAACAGGCCAAAAUUAUAUAUCGCGUUCCUUUCUCAGAAGAAGAGCAUCAGAACAUUACAUACACGAUCCAGAGAAAUUUGUACAGAUAUAUUGCUAUACUCCUCGAAGGGCGUGAAAAAUUUGAAGAGGAAUACCGUGUUGAAAUGAGGAAAAAACGGCUUGAUGAACCUGGACCUUCAGUGCUUCCAGACCUGAUUGAAGAAGAGAAUGUCUAUUCGCUCAGCCCCAGACUGAAAAACUUUUCCGAUUGGCUUCUUCAAGCUAUGAUGUUGGGAAAUUUGGAGGCCAUUUUUCCUGCUGCUACUCGAGAGUACGCAGCUGUAGUUGAGGAGUUGUGGAAGCAUAAAGCAUUUCAGGCCACAUAUCAGCGGAGAAAUGAGUUAGAAAUGCUUCCGAGAGUUGCCAAUUAUUUCUUAGAUCAUGCUGUUGAGAUUUCAAAGGCUGACUACAACCCUUCUGAUAUGGAUAAGUUAUAUGCUGAGGGAAUUACUUCUUCCAAUGGGGUAGCGUGCAUGGACUUUUCAUUCCCUAAUCCACCUAAGGAUAGUUACAUGGAGGCAGUUGAUCAUUAUCCUUCCUCAAUGAGGUACCAACUAAUAAGAGUGCACGCGAGCUGCGUUGCGAAAAACUGCAGGUGGUUGGAGAUGUUUGAAGAUGUUGACCUUGUUAUCUUUUGCGUUUCCUUGACGGAGUACACUGAGUAUUUGGAAGACUACAAUGGAGUUUGCACAAACAAGAUGAUGGAAAGCAAGAAGCUCUUUAAAAACAUCGUCAGUCAUCCAGCUUUUGCCCAGAAACAUUGCCUCUUAUUACUCAACAAGUUCGACAUAUUAGAGGAAAUAAUUGAACGGGCUCCCCUUUCUGAAUGUGAAUGGUUUCAGGAUUUCAAUCCAGUGAUCAGUCGUCAUCCCGACAGCAAAACCUGCAACAACAACCCGUCGUUGGCUCAACGUGCUUAUCAUUUCAUAGCUGUGCAGUUUAAACGAUUAUAUCGUUCCAUAACAGACCGAAAGUUGUAUGUUGCACAGGUAACUGCUUUGGAGGCUGAUAGUGUUGAUGAAGCUCUUAAAUACACUAGGGAAAUUCUUAAGUGGGAUGAAGAAAGGCGGAAAGUAAUGCGUGAUUGGACAACAGAGAGUGCUGAGGCUAGCACAACUCUGGAUGCAAGCACAACUACAUAGUUAUCAUUCUUUUGUUAAGUCCGCUUUGCCUUUUGGCACUGUACAUAUUUUAGAGGAGAAUUCACUUUACUCAUGCUUAGUUUAUAAAUAUUGUAAAUUUUUUCUUCCGCAACAAAGAUGAGGUUCUCUUCUGCAAUUUGCAGAAAACAGUCUUGUAAAAGGGAAUUUGUUAUUCAAUGAGAUACAUUUUUUGUAGCUUCUAUGUACGCUCAAGUUUAACCCUUCA